GGCUGACGCACCAGCAUUGCGCAUGCUCAGACAGUCGGUGUAAGCAAAUUAGAUGGCCCCCAGUCAGCAGUCGAGUUCGCCUGCGCGCAGGCGGCAGGGCAGCGAGGCAGACGCGUACUCUAUCACCGAUCCUUUCAAGAUUUUCGAGCUCAUCCACCCUCUUGGGCGCGGCAGCUAUGGCGCGGUGCACAAGGCUCGCAUCCUUUCUUCAGGCGAUAUUGUUGCGGUCAAGAUCAUUCCCGUCACGGAGCAGGAUGAGAUCGCUAGCAUCCAAAAGGAGAUUGCCAUGCUGCGCGAGUGCAGCCACCCCAACAUCGUCAAAUACUAUGGCAGCUGGCGCACGCGUGAUGCGCUGUGGAUCUGCAUGGAAUACUGCGCGGGCGGAAGUGUCAGCGAUGUAAUGCACACGCGGGGCGGCGGGCUGGAUGAGGACAUGAUCGCCUACAUCUGCGCCCAGACACUGGCGGGUCUGGUCUACCUGCACUCCAUGGGCAAGGUGCACCGCGACAUCAAGUGCGGCAACAUCCUGCUGAGUGAAGCGGGGGAGGUGAAACUGGCAGACUUUGGCGUGGCAGCGCAGCUGACAAACACCAUGAGCAAGCGCAACACCUUUAUAGGCACGCCGCAUUGGAUGGCACCCGAGGUCAUUCAAGUGUCGCAGUACGACGGCAAGGUGGACAUGUGGGCCUUGGGUGUGAGCGCAAUCGAGAUGGCAGAGCAGUUUCCCCCACGCUGGCGCAUCAACCCCAACCGCGUCAUUUUCAUGAUCGUCAAGGACCCGCCCCCACGCCUGGCGGAUAAGGAGCGUUGGAGCCUGAACUUCCAAGACUUUGUAGCGCAGUGCCUGCAAAAGGACCCACGAACCCGCCCCACCGCCAAGUACUUGCAGCAGCACAAAUUCACGUCACGUGAUGCAGUCACAACGGUGGCGGUACGGGCGCUGCUGCCUCUUGUGCAGCAGGCACGGACGCACAUGGCGGAAAUGGCGCUGAUGGCAGGCAUUGAGGCACAGCAGGCUGUGCCAGCAGCAGGCAAUGCAGCCCU